CGUGAAUAAGCGAAUAGAGUGCGCAUGUCAGCGAAGUUUCUAAGCGUUGCGGACGUGGUGUUUAAGUUUAAAGACUCCGGCGUGAACUAUUUUAUUGUUGUUCGGCGUUUUAAAUUCGAUUUAUUAAGUUGGGGUAGCAAUCGGGCGACAUGUCGACGACGGGCAAAAUCCCGCCGAUAACCAUGAGCAAGUUGUACGUGGGUAAUUUGCCGGAGGAGACGAGCGAAUAUUCUCUCCGGCAACUGUUCGUCGAGCAGAAUCUGUCUUGUACGAAUAUUUUAAUUAAAAGGGCCGGAUACGCUUUCGUCGAUUUCACCGAUCAAUCUUCGGCCGAUAGAGCGAUCGACAAGCUCAACGGGUUUUCCUUCAACGGAGUGUCAUUGGUGGUAGAGCCAUCGGUAGCUGGUAAAAAGAAAUCUGUUACUGAUUUUCCCAUUACUCUUCCGAUGCAAGUUGGGAACGGUUGGAUGUAAGUACAUACAUAAAUAUUUUA